AUGCAUGCGUUUCUUCACAUUUUCGCACUCUGCGCACCGUUCUUAUCCUACACCGAUCGCAGCAUAGAGAUCCAAGCCUUAACGUCGUUUAAGCUCAACCUCCAUGAUCCUCUCGGAGCUCUCGACGGUUGGGAUACUUCCUCGCCGGAAGUGCCGUGUGACUGGCGCGGCGUUGCUUGCAACAACGACCGAGUUACUGAGCUGCGUUUGCCUCGUCUUCAACUCGGUGGUAGACUCAGUGAACGUCUCUCUGAGUUGAGCAUGUUGAAGAAGAUAAGCCUUCGUUCAAAUUUCUUCAACGGUAGUAUUUCUUCGUCACUCAUGGAAUGUAAGCUUCUACGGUUUUUGUUCUUGCAGGAUAAUGCGUUUUCCGGUAACGUUCCGCCGGAGAUCGGAAACCUCACCGGUCUUCAGAUUUUCAACGUUGCUCAGAAUCAUAUCUCUGGAACUAUUCCGAGGGAGCUUCCUCUUAGUCUCAAGUACCUUGACCUUUCGUCGAACAUUUUCUCUGGCGAGAUUCCGGAGACUGUUGCUAAUUUGUCUCAUCUUCAGCUUAUCAACCUCUCGUACAAUGAGUUAUCCGGUGAGAUUCUCGUGACGUUUGGGGAGCUUCAGAAACUGCAAUAUCUCUGGCUUGACCAUAAUUUCCUUGGAGGAACUUUACCUUCUGCACUUGCUAAUUUCUCUUCGCUCGUGCAUCUGAGCGCAGAGGGAAAUGCACUCGGCGGUGUGCUUCCGUCGGCGAUUUCGGCGCUUCCGAAGCUUCAGGUGAUUUCUCUUUCUCGAAACAAUCUUACUGGUUCCAUUCCUUUAAUUUUCUGCCUCUGUUUCUUCCUACCCAUAACAUCCACCACCCUUAUUCCGCUCUGA